GCCAUUUCAGGGUGAAAGAGCAGUUUUGUGAGGACGAGGCGACAUAUUACCUUUAAUUAUUUCCGCAAUAUUCAUACCUUUUAGUUGUCUCCGACUGUCUAAACAUUGUAGGAAUAAUACAGUAAUACCGAGUUUUUACCUGCCUAGCCCCUAGUGAGAGACGUUUGGGUGUAGGUUAAGUUAGGUGAUUGUGUAGAGUGUAGAACGCGACGACGCCGGUCUUCCGCAGAAAACGCCGAAUUGACUACUCGCCACAGACACACGCGGUGUGGGAACGAGCUGAUCGCUGGGCAACUGGUUUCCAUACACUCGAAAGGGAAGAGCAACUGUGAUAAGAAAGUGAAAUAAAACCUUUGCCAAAGGACCAAUGGCGAGCUCCGUGGGAAACGUGGCCGACAGCACAGAACCGACAAAACGUUUGCUUUCCUUCCAAGGGCUGGCAGACCUGGCACACAGGGAGUACCAGUCAGGUGACUUUGAGGCUGCUGAGCGCCACUGCAUGCAGCUGUGGAGGCAGGAGCCUGACAACACGGGUGUAUUGCUGCUGCUCUCCUCCAUCCAUUUCCAGUGCCGGCGGCUUGACAGGUCGGCUCACUUCAGUACCUUGGCCAUCAAGCAGAACCCUAUGCUGGCUGAGGCGUACUCCAACCUGGGUAACGUCUAUAAAGAGCGCGGACAGUUGCAGGAGGCCAUCGAGCACUACCGACAUGCACUUCGGCUGAAGCCAGACUUCAUCGAUGGCUACAUCAACUUGGCUGCGGCGUUGGUGGCUGCUGGGGACAUGGAAGGGGCUGUGCAGGCCUAUGUGUCUGCCCUGCAGUACAACCCUGAUCUCUAUUGUGUCCGCAGUGAUCUGGGGAACUUGUUAAAAGCACUUGGGCGUCUGGAAGAAGCUAAGGCCUGUUACCUGAAAGCAAUUGAGACUCAGCCAAACUUUGCGGUGGCUUGGAGCAACCUGGGAUGUGUGUUCAAUGCCCAGGGAGAGAUUUGGUUGGCGAUACACCAUUUUGAAAAGGCUGUGACUUUGGACCCAAACUUCUUGGAUGCCUAUAUCAAUUUGGGAAAUGUUCUUAAAGAAGCACGUAUCUUUGACAGGGCUGUUGCAGGCUACCUCCGUGCGCUGAGCUUGAGUCCCAACCAUGCUGUUGUCCAUGGAAAUCUAGCUUGUGUUUAUUAUGAGCAAGGCCUGAUUGACCUCGCCAUUGAUACAUACCGGCGUGCAAUUGAACUGCAGCCCCACUUUCCUGAUGCCUAUUGCAACCUGGCCAAUGCAUUGAAGGAGAAAGGCAAUGUAUCUGAGGCAGAGGAAUGCUACAAUACUGCACUGCGGCUAUGUCCCACACAUGCAGACUCCCUCAAUAACCUGGCCAAUAUCAAACGUGAACAGGGUAAUAUCGAAGAGGCUAUCCAGCUCUACAGGAAAGCUCUGGAGGUGUUUCCAGAGUUUGCGGCAGCCCACUCGAACCUGGCCAGUGUGCUGCAGCAGCAGGGGAAACUCCAGGAGGCCCUCAUGCACUACAAGGAGGCCAUCAGGAUCAGCCCGACAUUUGCUGACGCCUACUCCAACAUGGGGAAUACUUUGAAAGAAAUGCAGGAUGUUCAGGGGGCCCUGCAGUGCUAUACACGUGCCAUACAGAUCAACCCAGCCUUUGCAGAUGCUCACAGCAACCUGGCAUCUAUACACAAGGACUCUGGGAAUAUUCCGGAAGCCAUUGCAUCUUAUCGUACUGCCCUAAAACUGAAACCCGACUUUCCUGAUGCUUAUUGCAAUCUGGCUCACUGCCUGCAGAUUGUGUGUGACUGGACAGACUAUGAUGAGCGCAUGAAGAAGCUUGUUAGCAUUGUGGCAGACCAACUGGAUAAGAACCGCCUGCCCUCGGUGCACCCCCAUCACAGCAUGCUUUAUCCUCUCUCCCAUGCCUUCCGCAAGGCCAUUGCAGAAAGACAUGGCAAUCUCUGCCUGGACAAGAUCAACGCGCUACACAAGCCAGGCUAUGAGCAUCCCAAGGACUUGAAGACCAGUGGGGGUCGCCUACGUGUGGGAUACGUCAGCUCCGACUUUGGAAACCACCCCACCUCCCACCUCAUGCAGUCCAUCCCAGGCAUGCACAACUCUGACAAGUUUGAGGUCUUUUGUUAUGCUCUGAGCCCAGAUGAUGGCACCAACUUCCGUGUGAAGGUGAUGGCAGAGGCCCACCACUUCACAGACCUGUCCCAGAUCCCCUGCAAUGGGAAGGCUGCAGACAGGAUCCACCAGGAUGGAGUGCACAUCCUGAUCAACAUGAAUGGCUACACCAAGGGAGCACGCAAUGAACUGUUUGCCCUUCGUCCGGCACCCAUCCAGGCUAUGUGGCUUGGUUACCCUGGGACUAGUGGUGCACCUUUUAUGGACUACAUAAUUACUGACAAAGAGACAUCUCCUGCUGAGCUGGCAGAGCAGUACUCUGAGAAGCUGACCUACAUGCCCAACACAUUCUUCAUUGGAGACCAUGCCAAUAUGUUCCCCCACCUGAAGAAAAAGGCUGUGAUUGACUUCAAGUCAAAUGGACACAUUUUUGAUAACCGCAUUGUGCUGAAUGGCAUUGAUUUAAAGGCCUUUUUAGACAGCCUGCCAGAUGUGAAAGUUGUUAAGAUGAAAUGCGAUGGCCAGGAGGUCACCGAUGGCAAUGGCGCUCUCUCCAUGCCUGUUAUCCCCAUGAACACAGCUGCUGAGGCCAUCAUUAACAUGAUCAACCAAGGCCAAAUCCAGGUGACCAUCAACAGUUUCACAGUUAGCAAUGGACUUGCCACCACCCAGAUCAACAACAAGGCUGCAACUGGAGAAGAGGUGCCACGCACUAUUGUUGUCACAACACGCUCCCAGUACGGGCUCCCGGAGGACUCCAUUGUGUACUGCAACUUCAACCAGCUCUACAAGAUUGACCCUCCCACUCUGCAGAUGUGGGCUAAUAUCUUGAAGCGUGUUCCCAACAGCGUGCUGUGGCUGCUGCGAUUCCCGGCUGUGGGCGAACCCAAUAUCCAGCAGUACGCCCAGAACAUGGGUCUGCCAGCCACUCGUAUAAUCUUCUCACCUGUGGCCCCCAAGGAGGAGCACGUGCGGCGGGGUCAGCUGGCUGAUGUGUGCUUGGAUACACCGCUUUGCAAUGGCCACACCACUGGCAUGGAUGUGCUGUGGGCUGGCACCCCCAUGGUUACCAUGCCAGUCCUGACUCCCCCCCCCCCUUUCCCAGGUGAGACUUUGGCCUCUCGAGUAGCUGCUUCCCAGUUGACUUGUCUUGGCUGCCCUGAGCUCAUUGCAAAGAAUCGCCAGGAGUAUGAGGAUGUGGCUGUCAAACUGGGCACUGACAUGGAGUACCUGAAGAUGAUGCGUGCUCGUGUGUGGAAGCAGCGCAUUUGCAGUGCACUCUUCAAUACCAAGCAGUACACGAUGGACCUGGAGAGGCUGUACCUGCAGAUGUGGGAGCAUCAUGCUGCAGGGGGCAAGCCAGACCACCUUAUUAAAGUGCAGUCCAUAGAGAGCAGUGAAAGUGCUUAAGCUGAGUGCCCCCCCCCCCCCCCCCCAAUCACAAACACUGAAAGGACAGGGAGUUUGAAAUCGGGGGCUGUUUUCUCACACGCGCACGAACAGCCAAAUACACUGUGCUGCAUGUGCUGAGGACUUUUCUUCCCUAAACUCUCAGUUGCUUUUGGAACAGUGUGACUGUUUUCACUUUGAAAAUGAAAAGCAUUCUGAAAAGAGAAAGCUUUGCUGAGAGAUAAAAUGUAAGAUGCUAAAGAAAAUUCAGCUUUUGAUUAAUAUGAAAAUGCUCCACUUUACCAUGUGAGCAGUGUGAUGUUUCUCUGAAAUUCUUUACACCUUUCACAUCUCUGUAAGUAACUGCAUCCGUUUCAUUUGGCAGUUUUCUUGACCAAAAGUCAUUCUAUAGUGGUUUUGGCAAAUGUCCGUAUCUUCCCUUUCCCAACCUACCAAAAUAAAUAGUUGAAGAUCUGUCGUUGGACAAAUGAACUGGAAAAUGGCCUUACAUAGCUUUAACAAAAAAUUAUUUGUGUAAGGAUGAACUUUAUUCUUACCAUUAGACUCCCAGGUAAGUAUUAGUCUUUUACUUUUUAAACUGUUUUUGUUCCUUAUUUAUGCUUGGAUGUUCUGUUCUUUUAUCUUCAAUCAGUGUAAGGCUGUAAAAGCUAAGAAUUACACAGGGCAUAACAGAACUUCUUUCUCUCACUGUUUUUGUCCUCAGCUGCAUUAAUGUAAUGGCGCUGAUGUUGAAAAGCAUUUGGUGUUGCUUUGCAAUAAAUACAGUAAUGUUUUGGA